CCUUCCCAUCCCAGCGGGAAGUACCCGCGACACUUCAAAACCAAAUUCCGAGCGAAACCCCAAAUCCCCUUUGGCGGCGAGCUCGCCGGCGAUGCGGCCGCCGGCGCCUAAGCCCCCUGCUGCCUCCUCCUCGUCCUCCUACAGCCUGCGCGAGCCCCGUCCAGAGAACCCGCUCCUCCUCCUCCCUUCCUGUCGCGCCGCCAAGCUAUCCCUCGGCUGCCCCCUCCUCGACCGCAUCCUCUCCGGCGGCCUCCCCGCCGCCUCCGUCACCGAGAUCGCCGAAGAAUCCGCCUCCGGAAACACCCAUCUGUGCCUCCAGCUCGCCCUCCUCGCGCCCCAGUCCCCGCUCUCCGCCUCCGCCCUCUUCCUCCACUCCGACCUCCCGUUCCCUCUUCACCGCCUCCGUGGCCUCGCCCCCAAAUCCCGCCCCGAUAUCCUCGACCACGUCCUCGUCGCCGCCGCGCACUCCCCCACCGACCUCCUCUCCCUCCUCUCGCGCGCCCAGCGCUUGCUCGCCCACCCCGGCCGCUCGCCGCACCGCCUCCCCAUCCGCCUCAUCAUCCUCGACUCCAUCGCCUCCCUCUUCCGCGCCGACUUCGACGCCUCACCGGCCGACCUCAAGCGCCGGUCCGCGCUCUUCUUCCAGAUAUCCGCGAAGCUCAAGGAGCUGGCCUACAGGCACCACUGCGUGGUGGUGGUGACCAACCAGGUCGUGGACGUGGUGGAGGGCAACGCCGGGAACACCGUGGCGUGGUCGUCGGGGCGCCGGGUCAGCCCUGCGCUCGGGAUUGCGUGGGCCAACUGCGUCAACACGCGGCUGUUCCUGACGCGGGAAGUGGACGGCGCCAGCGGGACCGAGAGGAGGCGGAUGAAGGUGGCGUUCGCGCCGCACCUGCCGGAGCGGGCGUGCGAGUUUGUGAUACGGAGGGACGGCGUGUUUGGCGUUGAGCCGGCGGGAGAGGUUAGUGCAUUUUGUUUAACUUGGGCGUGGUCUCCAUAUAUGGCAAGUAAAGCAUCAGGCAGAGCACAUCAAGCAACAGUUCAGAGGUGCCAAGGACGAAUCAUCUCUAGCCAUGUAUCUGCAAAUAUGUUAAGGCGCACCGGAGUCCACGGAUAUGCAGAUGGAUAAGGAUGAAUUCAACUCAAACUUGCGGUCCAGCAGUCAUAUCCUCCAAAGCUUCCAACAAUAUAUUUCUUGCAGCUACUGUCAGUUCCAGAGUGCUCGUGCUUUAGGUGGCCACCAUAAUGCGCAUAAGCUCCAGCGUAGCCUUGGGAAGAGAAAUCAAGAGGCUUUUCUAGCAGUAAGACAAGGGAAAGAUUAAAAAUGCUGGGAUGCUGAAGCUGGCAGCGAUGUUCCGGGUACUGCAAGGAUCAGGUGGUUCAACACUAUCUAGCAGCACAAUGAUCCAGAAGUUCUUCAACAGGAAGUAGUCUAAUUCAGAUCUAGCAAAUGGGAUAAUCAACUUGUCUCUGAAGUUAUAAUAUGCUAUCACCUUUCUUCUUUGUAAGCCUUUUCCUUUCCUUCCUAUCAUAGUUUGAAUCUCCACAGGCUACAUAUCUAGUUAACAAUGCCUGCAGUGUUUAUGAUCCACAAUGUCUUGUGAACUUUCGUGGACCCAACAUUUCACACAAUUGAAGUGGACAAGAUCACUAAGUUUGUAGCCUGCUUCUGUUGUAGUGGCAGGUUCAACAAAUCUGUACUUUAGAUACUCUUUGAAUAAAAUUAUUGAUUGUCAUAGUUGUGAUGCUAUAGGUGAUCUGUACCUAAAUACUACAAACAAA